AUGGCGCCAGUAGCAAAGAAAGUAAAGCCCUCGAAGCGGUUCGCGCAGUUCGACGAGAAGGUUAUCGCAAGGGAUUUCGACAUUGAGAACGAGCCUCAAUCCGAAGAUGAGCGCAGUGGGAGCGACGAGUCGGAGGAUGAGCUGGCGGGGACGGAGCACUAUGUUACUGUCGGCAAGAGUAAACUCCGCGAGAAAGAAGGCAUCAUGCUCGGCCCUGAAUACCGCGGCGCGCGGGUGAGUCGAGCGGCGCUGGAACAGAGUAGUGAUGAGUAUGAUGUUGAAGAGGAUGAAGAGGAUGAAGAGGAAGAAGAGUUUGACGAUCCCUCCAUGGCCGACCUCGAGCGCGAUCAGAACUUUGACGACGACUUCGAGAUUGUUAGCGACAAUGCACUUGGCGAAAGUGAUGAGGAAAGAUUCAGGGACUAUGUCUUCCGUGCUAGCUCUAAGCCUAAGUUAGAGAAGGCGAAGGCGAAUGGGAAGGCGAAAGAGGAGCUGAAGACCAAGGGGAGGAUUUCCAAAAGGCCGACGGCUGCUGAUUUCAUGACUUCUUCGGGUGAGGAGAAUGAAGGCGAGGAAGAAGAUGAGGACUCUGAGGAGGAAGAUGAAGAGGAGGACUCUGAGGAAUAUGACUCUGAGGAAUACGACUCGGUGGCGGAUGGAAACGAGAUGUUUGACUUGGAGGCGGGAGAGGGGUCUGACGACUCAGAGGAGGAUAGCGAAGAGGGUGAGAAGGGCAAUGACGACGAGGAUGAAGAUGAGGAGGAGGAGGAGGACGAGGACGAGGACGACCAAGACGACUUCCGCAGGGCCCUCAAGAACGACAAAAAGUUCAACGAAGACCCCGACAGUUCCAAGCUUCGCGAAGCCCUCAAGGAAGACAAAAAGUCGAUUGUCUCUGCCAUGUCCCAGGCUGCCAAAGCAGACGCUGACAAGGGGAUGGCCGUCCGCGUCCAGCGCCGCGCCUUUGACUCCAUCCUCAACCUCCGCAUUCGCCUCCAAAAAGCUCUGGUUGCCUCCAACACCUUCAACGAGGUGGAAAACAACCAAGAAAUCUCCAACAAGCCGUACCAAGCAGCCGAGGAGGCCGCUGUCAAGCUCUGGAAUACAAUCGAUAGUGUCCGCACCAGCUUCCUGCCCGAACAGGCCCGUGCCAAGGUUGGCGAGAAGAGAAAGAGGGAUACCAUCGAUGUCGACACUUCCAGCCAAGAGAUAUGGGAGAAUAUGCUUGCCACCGAGGAAGUCGCCCUUGCUCACAGACGCAAGGUCCUAGAGAAGUGGUCCGAAAGAGUCAAGAAGAACACGACCACCGGCGCCGCAACCCGCAACCUCGUCAAGAACGAAUCUCAAACUCUUCUUUCCGCCCUCGACAGUCAGCUUGUCUCCUCGGAUCGUCUUGUCAAGCGCGCCCGUAUCCCCCGCUCCUGCGCUCCUGCCCAAGCCGCCAAGAAGGUGGAAGAAGACGUCGAGAUCUACGACGAUGCCGACUUUUACCAAUUGCUGCUCAAGGAGUUGGUUGACCAGCGCUCUGCGGACACUGGUGCUCCAGGAGAGUCGGUCACUACUGUGAGAUGGGCUGCCUUGAAGGAGGCCAAGGUACGGAAGCAGGUGGAUAGAAAGGCUAGCAAGGGGAGAAAGCUGCGGUAUACAGUGCAUGAGAAGCUCCAAAACUUCAUGGCGCCCGAGGACAGGAGACAAUGGGAAGAGCAUGCUAUUGAUCGGUUGUUUGGGGCACUGUUUGGGCAAAAGCUUGCACUCAAGGAGGAGGAUGACAAGGAAGAAGAGGAGGAGGACGACGAGGAGAUGGGUGGUGUUAGCCUUGAGGAGGCGGGGUUGAAGUUAUUUAGGAGCUGA